AUGGCGGUCGGCAGUGAGCUUUCCACAACAGAGACUCUCAGCAUACUCUCACUCUCUGCAGCAUGUAUUGCCAUCUUGGCAAACACGUUCCAGGGUGAUGGCGAGCCACUCGUGGCUUCUCUCGCACUGAGUGGCAUCGCUUUCUCGGCGAGUUUCUCCAUGAUCCGCUGGCUGGGACCAACCUUCAUCAAAGCCGGCAUCAAGGGCGCGGAUCUAAGCAAAGUCCAGAGGAGAGAGAUACCCGAGUGUAUGGGGGCCGUCUGCGCCGUCGUGUACCUCUUGAUGAUGAUUGUCUUCAUUCCAUUCCCGUUCUACAAAGAUAUUGUUGCGGCGACAAGCGGAGGCGGCAACCGUGAUGUUGUACUGCACGUCGAGCAUGUCCAAGAGGGCCGGUUUCUUCACCGAUUUCCUCACAACAAGCUCGCAUCUUUUCUGUCUGCAGUUAUUUCUCUGCAGUCAAUCACACUUCUGGGCAUCGGUGACGACCUCUUUGAUAUCAGAUGGAGACACAAGUUCUUCAUCCCGGCGUUUGCUGCCAUCCCACUCCUGGUCGUCUACUUUGUCGACUUUGGCGUCACCUCGGUCGUGGUCCCCAUCCCUCUGCAGCCGUACCUGGGCGAGCUUUUACACCUGGGGCCCCUUUACUACAUAUACAUGACCGCUAUCGCCAUCUUCAGUCCCAAUAGCAUCAACAUCUUCGCCGGCAUCAAUGGCAUCGAAGUCUCGCAGUCCCUGGUGAUCGCUCUCCUUAUCAUUUUAAACGAUUGCCUCUACCUUUUUACGCCGUACCCCCACCCCGCGACCGACAGCCACCUCUUUUCACUCUACUUUCUCCUCCCGUUUGUCGGCGUCAGCCUCGCCCUGCUGUACCACAACUGGUAUCCCGCGCGCGUAUUCGUUGGCGACACGUACUGUUACUUCGCCGGUAUGGUCUUUGUCGUUGUGAGCAUACUCGGCCACUUCAGCAAGACGCUUAUCCUGCUGCUCGUCCCGCAAAUCUUCAACUUUGUCUACUCAGCACCUCAGAUCUUCGGCCUGGUCCCGUGCCCCCGCCACCGCAUGCCGCGCUUUCACGCCCGCACCGGCCUCAUGGAGCCCUCGGUGACUCCCUGGACCCCCGAGCGCCAGCCCCGCGCCCCAACCGCCGCCGCCCUGAGGCUGCUCGCUCGUCUCCGUCUCAUACGCCUCACCGAGGAUGCCGACGGCCGCUUCGUCGAGACGACCAACAUGACCAUCAUCAACUUGUGGCUGGUCUGGCGUGGCCCCCUGGCGGAGCGCCGUCUUGCCGCUGAAUUGACCAUCGUUCAGGCUGUCGCCGGCUUGUUUGGCCUGUUCGUCCGGCACCGUCUAGCCCUGGUUGUCUUUAAGGAAGACAACUGGAGUAUCUGA